AUGGCAGCCCCAGAUUUUGUACUCGUACCAACCAAACCUCGGGGACCAAUUGCCGCUAUGUAUACAAGUCCCGGUCCAUGUUACGGAUUACCAAAUUUAACAGGAGUUAGUGCGCAUGAUCCCAGAAGUAAUCACUUUCGAAAACCAGCCUUUUCGUUUGGAAUUCGACAUGGGAAAGUUCGUGAUGAUUGUAGCCCUGGACCAUGUUACCUUCCCAACUCUAAAAUGUCAAGAAGUGGUAAAGGAGGUAUGCCGGAAUUUUCUCUGUAUAGUCGUAACAGAGAACCGACUGUGUUCAGAACUCCAGGACCCGGGGCAUAUAAACCAGAGAAUGCUGGCAAAUCAUCCCGAAGAUCUCGUCCUGGUUAUACGCUGAGCGGUCGACCAAAGAACAGGAAAACGGAUCACACUCCAGCUGCCAAUAGUUACACUUUGCCGAGCAUGACUUGUACAACUCAUCAAAGUGGCAAACGUCAAGCACCGUGUUUCUCAUUACAAGGCCGAAAUAAAACCGGGGGUUUUGCUGAAGAUAUGUGUAAGACCCCGGGUCCUGGUGCUUACAGUACAACAGAUCCGAAUAUUUCCAAAUCCAGAGCACCACUGUUUAGCAUGGCUGGACGGGGUACUUUACCGGGAGAUACAACGCAAAAGCCUGGACCAGGAGCACACUCACCACAAAAUGUUUGGCUGGAUAAAAGGAAAACUCCAGAAUAUUCUUUUGGAAUAAGACAUAGUCCGUUUACUGCACCUUUGAUAAUUGAGGUGAUAGACUAG